UGGAACCUCGGCCACACAGAGCCCUUUAGCAUGAUCUCGAUUAAUUCUCUAAGCUGAAUUGUCAAAGGCUAGCUCCUCCUUCGGCCCGCUUCUCGCCCUCCAGACACACGCACUGUAAGAGAUCGUGCAAGUUAACUCGAAGGGGAAGCCAGAAGCGGUUUAUGAGGGUCCAGGUGCUGUCACCUGCCCCACACCCAGGCAAGAUCAAAAGGGAACUGGAGUGAAUAUGGAGGUAGAGUGGUUGUACCACAUGAGGCGAGACAUGCAAGAAAUUCUUCCUGGCCUCUUCCUUGGCCCAUACAAUGCUGCCACAAAAUCUCGGUUCAAGACCCUACUAGAUCAUGGAAUCACUCACAUUAUCUGCAUCAGGCAGAGCAUAGAAUCGCACAUGAUUCGGGCAAACUUUCCUGAUAAAAUAAAGUACCUGGUAUUAGAUAUGGCAGACAUAUGGACACAGAACCUCAUCUCCCACCUCUCAGAGUGCCGAACCUUCAUUGACGAGUGUCUGGCUUCAGGUGGAAAGUGUCUUGUCCAUGGAAACUUAGGGAUUUCGCGAAGCGCAUCAGUUGUAGUUGCAUAUGUUAUGGAGAAGAAGGCCCUUAGUUAUAAGGAAGCUCUAGAAUUUGUGCAAAAUAGAAGAUACUGCAUAAAUCCAAACGAUGGGUUUAAGCAGCAGCUAAUAGAAUAUGAAGCCAUUUACAAAGCCCAGCAAACCUUGCUCAAUGGCCAAUGUUCACAGGAGAAAGGGAAGCUCAAGAGAAAGCACGACCAAACCUUCGACGACUUUGACCAGGACUCCUCGGAACCCAUGGAAGCUCUGAGCUGAUAACAGGGUAGUUGACUUUUUUUUUUCUCUCUUUUGUUUUAUUCAUUUUCAUUUUUCUUUUCUGAAAAGCUGAUCUUGUGAUAAAAUGGGAACUUUGUACUGGUGUGUUUUUUAUUUAUUAUUAUUUUAUUUCUCUUUUUUAUGGAUCUGUGAUUUUGGUUCGUAUUAUUUUAUGCACUUCUGAUGCUGAGCCUCCUAAAUUAUUUGAUAUGUGAUAGAAAAAAGUGUGAGACUUUAAUUCCUUGCUAGAAAGGUGAAUCCACUGAAGUACUGUCUUGUAUUAUGUAGUGGGUUCAUCUUUCCACAUUUUCUUGUUCAUGACUACAUUGAAGUUUCAUUGUAUUCUGAAAGAUUGUUGUAUUAGUAGCUGUUCUCUCUCUUUCUUUCUUUCUUUCUUUCUCUCUUUCUCUCUCUCUUUCUUUCUCUCUUUCUUUCUCUCUCUCUCUCUCUCUCUCUCUCUCUCUCUCUCU